ACUCGUACUUAGAUUUAAAAUAAAUAUGUACAAUUUACUUAUAAUCGUUCUUCAGCUAUCUUUAAUCCAAUCAGAGUUACAUUUAAACGACACUGUGCAAAAAAUAAAAUUCAUACUCAAUAAUAGACACAAGAAAUGUGUGGAUAGUCAUACGGAUGUAUUUUUAAACAAUGCUAUAAGUUUUCUUCAUAGGACGGACAGUUAUGGAGAAUUCUUAAAGACUGUCAAUGUAAGUGGUUGUGGAGAUGGAGACUACAGUUCUAGUUACGUUCGUGAGCAUAUUGUGGGUGGUCUUUUGACAAGCCACGAAGUUCCUGAAUCACAUUGGCAUGAAUACAAGGCAGUAUACAAUAAGGAGUUUGAGUCCCCCCACCACGAGAUGGCGGCACUACAGAAAUGGCGGCAGAAUUUACGAAGAGUCGUUUCGCAUAAUCAAGGAUAUAUCUCUGGAAAACAUAGUUACUCGCUGCACCUCAAUCAUUUUGGAGAUUUUGCUCCAGUAGAAUUUGCCACAAAGAUCCUGAAACUGAAAAAGACUCCGCACCUCUUCGAUCCUGCGCACGACCCUCUCAGACGAGAUUUCCAUAAACAUGCCCACAAGAGAGCGCCUAGGCAGGUAGACUGGCGCGCGGCGGGCUUUAAGCCUGCGCGGGAGCAACAGCACGCGUGCGGCGCGUGCUACGCGUUUGCUGUCGCGCAUGCGCUGCAAGCGCAACUUUACAAGCGGCAUGGUGACUGGAGCGAGCUGAGCCCCCAACAAAUAAUCGACUGCAGCUACCCCGACGGCAACGAGGGCUGCGACGGGGGUUCCCUGAAUGCGGCCAUGCGAUACGUCGCCAGAGAAGGACUCAUCAUGGAGAAGUACUACCCUUAUAAGGGAAAGAAAAGCCGCUGCCACUACAGUAGACUGCUCGUGCGGGCCAGGCCGCGGCGCUGGGCUCUCCUGCCGGCCGGCGACGAAGACGCGAUGGAACUAGCCCUGGCUGCCAUCGGGCCCCUUGCCGUUGCUGUCAAUGCUGCGCCGUUUACGUUCCAACUCUAUAAGGGUGGCGUGUACGACGAUCUGUUCUGUACGCCGUGGCAACUUAACCAUGCCAUGUUACUCGUUGGGUACACCCAGGAGUACUGGAUACUGCUCAACUGGUGGGGGAAGAAUUGGGGGGAGGAUGGGUAUAUGAGGUGAGGUUCUUUUAAUACUGUCAACGUCAAAUAAUAAAUAGAUAUUAUUGG